AUUGUUUUUCAAUUAUUUAUAUUUGAUUUGCACGAAUUUCCUAUAGUAGCAGACAGGCUAAAUUGUUACAUUAAUUAAUUAAUCAAAAAAAAAAAUGUGGCCGUCGUCGUCGAUUAUUACUACAAAGGUUUUGUUCAUUAUCCUCCAGCUCGUGCUCCUUUGUGGCUUUUCAGCUACAAAAGCGUCUCUUGUUCAUCGACACAAUUUCAUUGUUGAAGAAGCUUCAUACACGAAGCUUUGCAGCAGUAAGAAGAUCUUGACGGUGAAUGGGCAAUUCCCAGGACCUGUUCUUUAUGCCAACAAAGGAGACACCCUCAUGGUUAAUGUCUACAAUAAAGGAAGCCAAAACAUAACCAUUCAUUGGCAUGGAGUGAAACAGCCAAGGAAUCCGUGGUCGGACGGUCCGGAGUUGAUAACCCAAUGCCCUAUCAGACCAGGAACUAAAUUCACUCAAAGGAUAAUACUUUCAGACGAGGAAGGCACUCUGUGGUGGCACGCUCACAGCGACUGGUCUCGUGCCACUGUUCACGGUGCCCUUAUUGUCUACCCUACCCCUACUGCUACUCCUAAUAAUCAUACCCAAUACCCUUUCCCUAAACCCUCCGCUGAAGUCCCCAUCAUACUAGGAGAGUGGUGGAAGAGUGACAUCCAACAAGUUCUCAACCAGUUUCUUUCUAGCGGCGGUGAUCCAAACGUCUCCGAUGCUUUUCUUAUCAACGGCCACCCCGGGGAUUCAUAUCCAUGCUCCCAAAACGACACGUUCAAGUUAACCGUAGACUUGGGAAAAACAUAUCUUCUCCGAAUGGUGAACUCAGUGAUGAACAACAUCCUCUUCUUCUCCAUCGCCAACCACCAGGUCACGGUGGUUGGAUCCGACGGCGCCUACACAAAGCCGUUCAAGAGCGACUACAUCGCAAUAUCCCCGGGCCAGACAAUCGACUUCCUGGUGGAAGCCAACCAGCCUCAGAACCAUUACUACAUGGCCGCCAAGGCGUACAGCAGUGCCCCCGGCGCCCAAUUCGACCGCACCACCACCACCGCCGUCCUCCGGUACACCGGAAACUACACCCCCUCUCCGUCACCGGUCAUGCCCAAUCUCCCCGUCUUCAACGACACCAACUCGUCGGUUUCCUUCACGGGAAAGCUCAGAAGCUUGGGGGACGACAACCACCCCAUUAACGUCCCGAAAAACGUGACAACGAAUCUGUUGUACACCGUUUCGAUCAACACGUUCCCUUGUCCGGACAACAACACCGCGCGGUGCUCUGGGCCCGGUGUCACCCGGUUCGCGGCUAGUGUCAACAACAUAAGCUUUGAUCUCCCUAAGAUCGACAUCCUUCAGGCCUACUACAAGAACAUCAAAGGAGUCUACGGGGAAGAGUUCCCCGAUUUUCCGCCCCUGAGUUUCGACUUCACCAACGCCUCCCUUCCGGUCACGCUACGAGUGCCUGACCGGGGGACGGAGGUGAGGGUGGUGGAGUAUGGGACGGUUGUGGAACUUGUUUUCCAAGGGACAAGUUUGUUGUCUGGAAUAGACCACCCCAUGCAUUUGCAUGGGUACAGCUUUUACGUUGUUGGUUGGGGUUUCGGGAAUUUCGACAAGGACAAGGAUCCCCAGAACUAUAAUCUGGUUGAUCCCCCUCUCAUGAACACCAUUGCUGUUCCGAGGAAUGGGUGGACUGCCAUCAGAUUUGUAGCAAAUAAUCCUGGAGUGUGGUUUAUGCAUUGUCAUUUUGAACGGCAUGCAAGCUGGGGAAUGGAAAUGGCAUUCAUAGUUAAAGAUGGGAAGCGGUCCGACCAAAUAAUGUUACCAUCUCCAAAUGAUAUGCCCAAAUGUUGAUCCGACGCAUGAAGAUAGACAAAAAAAAAUAAUGGAUGAAAUUGUAU